AUGAUGACGUCAAACAUCAGCGAAGAGCCUACUGGCAACAUCCUCCCAAUUACCCCAGGCCACUGGAUCCCCGGUGCUCUCCCCAAACAUAUCUACUAUGGCAGCGGCUGCGUGGCCGAGAACCUUCUCUCUUGUCUAGCACCAUUAUGCAGAGUCUUCAUCAUCACCAACAACUCAUUAAGCAAAUCAACCCUCAUCUCACAGCUUGAGCGUCUCCUUGGAAGCCAUCAUGCAGGCACCAUCUCGUUGAUUAAGCAACAUGCCCCAAUAGAGGACAUCGAAGAAGCCCUAUCAACCAUUCUUUCUACCACAUAUUCCCUAAUUCCCUCCCCGACUAUUACUCUCUUGAUAUCUCUUGGCGGCGGCUCCCCCAUCGACGCAGCCAAGAUAAUCUCAUACAAACAUCACUCCGCCACCGGGUCUUUCCUCCCGCACAUCGCCAUCCCAACGACCCUCAGUGGUGCAGAAUGUACCCCCGGCGGGGGAUACACGAUCACUAUGGCGCUUCAAGCCCCCCCAAACUCAACGCAGGAACGUGCUCAAGUCAAAAUCAAGAAAGGCAUCCUAGAUAAAAAUCUGGCCAUUACGACCAUAUUCUACGACCCCACUUAUGCAGCUCACACCCCCCGAGAUCUCUGGUUAAGCAGCGGCAUCCGAGCCCUCGACCAUGCGACAGAAUGCAUGUAUCAUCCGCUUGCCAGUGAAGUGCCUUGGAAAGCUCUAGCAUUGUUUUCUUUUGGGGAGCUAUUCACGUGUUUGCGCUUGGUAGCGGUGGCACCAUCUCAUGUGCAGGACGAGAACCUAACGCUGCGAUUAAUGCUGGCGGCGUAUGCCAGUUCGGGGCUUAAAGGGAGCGGUAUCGGAGGGAUGGGUUUGUCGCAUCGACUUGGGCAUGCUAUUGGUUCAUUUUAUGGUAUUCCACAUGGAAUUACGUCGUGUAUGACUUUGGGGGAGGUGGUUAAGGUGAAAGCGAGAGAAAAAGCCUGUGUGAAGCAUAUUGCGAGGUUGGUUGAUCUUGCUGGGGGUGUGAGGACGGGGGAUGAUUAUCCAGAUGCGGUGGAGGUGGGGGAGAAGAUAUUGAGCUUAGUGAACUUCUACCGAGUCCUCGAAGACGGCACCAACACACAAUAUCGUCUCUCCGUAAUCGAAUCCUUGAUACCACCUCACGCUGAAGGCCCAGUCUUCCAUUUUCACGAGAUGCACGACGAGGGAUUCUACGUGACUGUAACAAGUCCACCCCAGCCCCCUUCUAUCCCCCAAGCACCUUUUAUGCCAUUUUUCGCUAACAGCAAGGAAAAGAAAGGCCAAAUUCGCUUCCACACCCCCGGCCGUCCACCCAUCGACGCCUCAGCUGGCGACUUCAUCGUGAUCCCGAUCCGGCUGCCCCAUAAAUUCAGUAAUCCAUUUGACGAGGAAGCGGUGUUUGUGAAUACUAUCACGCCGGGGUUUUUCGUGAGGUACUUUGAGUGCUUGGAAGAGUUGAUUGGUGAGGGGGUGAGAUUGACGGAGGCGGUUAAUAGGGAGGCGUUGCGACGGUUUGCGACGGUGACGUUGGGGAGAGAGGAUGUUGAGAAUAUUGAACGGAUUGAAGGGAUGGAGAAAAGGGAGGGGGAGAAUACCUAG